UCAGGACAUCUUGAGUCUUUAACCGUCUGUCAUUAUUCGGUCAGUAUGGAGCUCAGUCUUCUUCCUCUUGUGCUCUUGCUGAUUUCAAGCAUCCACUCUGCACACACUGAAGAAAGACCUAAACCCAAAGUGACCAUUAAACCUGCUCAACAUGUAUUCAGAGGAGAGACAGUCACUCUCAGAUGUGACAUAUAUGAUGGAGUCACUAGCUGGAUCUACAUCUGGAAUAAAGAAGGUACAUUCUUUUAUUUCAGUGAUCAGCCAGAACUCACAUUCAUGUCUGUUACUGAGUCUGACGCAGGUAAAUACAGCUGUGAAGGAUCAGAGACAGCACGAUCACCCAGGUCACAAAAGAGUGAUGCAGUUACACUGACAGUAUCAGAAAGACCAAAACCCAAAGUGUCCAUUAAACCUGCUCAACAUGUGUUCAGAGGAGAGAAAGUCACUCUCAGAUGUGAGAUAUAUGAUGAAGGAGUCACUAGCUGGAGAUACAUCUGGUAUAAAGAAGGUUCAGUCAGGUUUGUCAGUGAUCUACAGGAACACACACUCUGGUCUGUUACUGAGUCUGACGCAGGUGAAUACUCCUGUUAUGGAUCAGAGACAGCAGGAUCACGCUGGUCACAAAUGAGUGAUGCAGUUACACUGACAGUAUCAGAUCCCAGAGCAGUUUUAAGUGUUUCUCCACAGAACUGGUUGACUGAAGGAGAUCCAGUGACUCUGAUCUGUGAGGUUCACAGCUUCUCUACAGGCUGGACGUUCAGCUGGUUCACUUUAACUGUCUCACCAGAUCAGUAUGAUCAGCUGUCAGACAGCAGCAGAGGAGCAGGAGGAAACUACACGGUCAGUUCUGUUGCUCUAAAUCACACAGGAGUUUAUGUGUGCAGAGCAGAGAGAGAGAAAUCAGUCUAUAAAACACCGUUCAGCAACACACAGCUGCUGUGGGUCACUGGUGUUUCUCCUCCAGUCUCUCUGAUCGUCAGUCCCAGCAGAACUCAACACUUCACAUCUGUCUCUCUCUCUCUGAGCUGUGAGGACCAGAGUAACUCUACUGGAUGGAGAGUGAGAAGAUACACAGACGAUGGACGGCUGGAAGAUUGUUCAUUACGUGGAGGAUCUACAUGUACAUUCAGCUCCACCGUCCCAUCACACACUGGAGUGUACUGGUGUGAGUCUGAAUCUGGAGAGAAACAUCAUCCUGUUAAUAUCACUGUACACUCUGGUGUGAUUCUGGAGAGUCCUGUUCAUCCUGUGACUGAAGGAGAUCAUCUGAUUCUGCGCUGUUUAUAUCAACACACAACCCCAGCAAACCUCAGAGCUGAUUUCUAUAAAGAUGGAACACUCAUCCAGAAUCAAACUACAGAGAUGAACAUCACCACUGUCUCAAAGUCACAUGAGGGUUUCUACUACUGCAAACACCCGACGAGAGGAGAGUCACCCAAGAGCUGGAUCUCAGUCAGAGGAGGCUCAAAUGAACACAGCUUGUUUCAUUCAGAAUCUCAGAUCUCGGUCCUCAACAUACUCAGCUCUGUGCUGGCAGCUUGUCCAUAUCUGCUAGUGACAGUCAUGCUGGUUUUCAAAUGCUGCAGAAUGAGAGGUAAAACAUGA